CUCUCUCUCUCUCUCACACACACACACAGCUGGACAAGCCACAGGGUGGUAGCUGUUGAACUGCUCUAUUUGUAGAAACCCAGAGGACAAGCAUUACCUGAAGUUGCUCGCAAACCGUUGACUUUUCACACUUCAGCCCGAGAGCAACCAGAAUGAGCAAAGGAGUCUCGUCCAUGCCGACGCUGAUAUGGGCAUUGGUGGUGAUGUCUCUGCAUCCAGAAGCGAGAAUGCUCAAAGAAUGUGUGAGUCCUGACAGUCAGAAAUGCCCCAACCUCUGCGCCUGUAGCUUUGAUGACUGCAUCGAUGACCUGAGCGUCUAUUGUAGCGCACGGAACCUCACCGCCUUGCCGGAAGACGUGCCCCGAAGCACAAGGAUGCUGUGGCUGGAUGGGAACAACUUCACAACCUUGCAAGCGCUUGCUUUCAGGAACCUCUCCAUCCUGGAAUUCCUUAACCUUCAGGGCAGUCAAUUAUCGGGGAUUGAACAACAUGCCUUCCAUGGUUUGGAAGGGCUGUACUCUUUGCUCCUGGAACGUAAUCGGCUGAAGUCACUGGCACCCAAUAUCUUCCUCCACCUUCAGAACCUGGCCUCCUUACGUCUCAACAACAACCAGUUCAACAAGAUCGAAGAAGGGGUGUUUGCUGGGCUUUCCAACCUCUGGUACUUGAACCUGGGGUGGAAUUCCCUGGUGGUCUUGCCAGACAAAGUCUUCCAUGACCUGCCCAAUUUAAGGGAGAUGGUUCUGGCUGGGAACAAGCUGACCUAUCUCCAACACCAGUUGUUCUACAGCCUCAGCGAGUUGCGAGAACUGGACCUGAGCUGGAAUUCCCUCAAGGGCAUCAAAGGGAACAUCUUCACGAAGCUUCAGAAGCUGCUGAAGCUUUACCUGAACCACAACCAAAUCAAUGCCAUUGCUCCGCGGGCUUUUGUGGGCAUGAAAUCUCUGAGAUGGUUGGAUCUCUCCCACAACCGUCUUGCCAUGCUUUUCGAAGACACCUUCGUGGGUCUUUCGAGCCUUCACGUCUUGCGCCUCUCCAGCAACGCCAUCACCGGUUUGAGCCCUAGGACUUUCAAAGACCUGCAGUUCCUGGAAGAAUUGCAGCUAGGCAGCAAUAAGAUUCGCAUCUUGCUCGAAAAGAGCUUCGAUAAAUUGGGCCAGCUGGAAGUCCUUACUCUAAACGACAACCAGAUCCAGGAGAUCAGGCCAGGGGCUUUCCUUGGACUUUCCAAUGUGGCAGUGAUGAACCUAUCUGGGAAUUGUCUUGCCACUUUUCCCGAUUUCACUUUCAGGGGUCUUAGCCAACUCCACAGCCUCCACCUGGAAAACUGUUGCCUCUCCAGGAUCAGACCGCACAUGUUUUCGGAUCUCUCCAGCCUGCGAAGACUCUUCCUGCAAUCCAACGCCAUCUCGGUCAUCGAAGAUCACAGCUUGAACGAUUUGCAUGAGCUCAUUGAUCUAGAUCUCAAGCACAACCGCCUGAGGAGCCUUUCCCCAAAUCAGUUUGCCGGCCUCCGGAACCUGGAGUAUCUCCUUCUUUCCUCCAAUCGGCUGGUGGAGGUCUCUCCUGAAGCCUUCGCCCCGUUGUUGCGUCUCUCCUGGCUUGAUCUCUCCAACAACUUCUUGGAGACGUUGGACAGUGGUGUCUUUGCACCCUUCUCGAAGCUGACCUACCUGAACAUCAGGAACAACUCUCUGAGAACCUUCUCGAUGGAUUGGCUCGGCCCCUCACCUAUCCUGGUUCAGCUGUGGCUAGAAGGGAACAAAUGGGCGUGCAAUUGCUCGCUCAAGGGCCUCCGAGACUUUGCUCUGCAGCAGCCCGGUGUGGUUCUGAGGUACACGCAGUCCAUCACGGAAGGAGAAGCACCCGAAUACACCUACAACAAUAUCACUUGCCUUAGCCCAGCGGAAGUAGUAGGACUUGAUCUACGGGAUAUGCAAGAAGACCAUUUUGUUGACUGUUAGGGGUUUGAUCUUCUUGCUUUCCAAGUGUUCUGAUCUAGGUUUCCUGAGAAAGCAUAAAUCACAAUCUUAAUCCCCCAAACCCUCUUUUAUUUAAACGGCUGUGAAUUAUGGUGAUUCACAGCCCCUAAUGAGUCACAAACAGUCUAUGAAGAGUCCGACAGAGGUCUGCUCGAGUUGCCACAGUCUUUCAGGGGAAUGUUGAUAAGCACCCACCUUUAUCUCCCUUGAAACGCUGCCAGAGACCUAAUUGCUAAUUAGUUUUGCAAGGCCGAACGCAGCACAGUCUCAAACAGGACUUUUCAGAGCUUGAACCGACUGGAUGAACUAAUUGCUUCCUGCAAAGGCUCACGUCUGUUUGCUCCUCUUUUGCGUCUUAUGGGAGGGGCCAAUCAUCUCCAAGCCUUACUCCCGAGUCAUCCUUUUUGUCUUAACUAUGCGCACACUGGGCACAGGCUCCCACUGUCCUUCUGCCUCGCUGAUGUCAGACUCCGGAGGCAGCACGUAACUACCAGAUGGCCCUGGCCCCCUCUCUGCCUCCGAC